UUCCAUUAACAAAAUAAAAAACCAUCAACUUUCUUCAAAAACCAACAAAAAGAAACCCCCAAACUCAAUUCUGCUUUGACUUCAAAGAGUUGGUUUUCUUUUUGGGGGUUAGAAAAUUUUGCAAGAUUCAAGCUUUGGGUCAUUCUGUUUUCAAUCAGAUCUGAUUAUGUUGAAGUUCCAAUAUUGAUUUGACACCUGGAAAAUUUUGCAAUAAAAAUCAUCCCUUUGUUUUUUUUUUUUUUGUUUUUGUUUUUAGUAAUGGAUUUGGAUGAUUUCAGAUCGGUACUUGAAACAGCUGGUGUUGAUGUUUGGACUUUCAUUGAUACAGCAAUCCUUGUAGCUUCUUUGGAUUAUGGUCAAGAGUUGAAGCAAAGGAGGGAUGGGAUUGUUGAAAGGCUUUAUGCUACUUCCAUGGUUACCAAGUGUAAAAGCUGUGAUUUUGGUGAGGGUUCAAAUGGAUAUCAACUUAAUAAUGAAUCCAAUCCCCAUGAAGGAGGAGAAGAAGGUGUUACAGGGUCACCUUUUUCACCUCAAUCUGAUAAUGAAAACGAUGAUUUUGACCCUUAUGGCGGCUUAUUUGAUGAUGAGCAAAAAAGGGUUCUUGAGAUUAAAGAGCGUCUUGAACUACCUGAUCAGUCAGAAGAUACUUUAGUUGAUUUGCUUCAAAGUUUGGCAGAUAUGGAUAUAACAUUCCAAGCUCUCAAGGAGACUGAUAUUGGAAGACAUGUGAACAAAUUGAGGAAGCAUUCAUCAAAUGAUGUUAGGAGAUUAGUGAAACAUCUUGUCAGAAAAUGGAAAGAUAUUGUAGAUGAAUGGGUAAGGGUGAAUCAACCUGGAGAACAUGAGCCUGCUGCACUUAUGGAUGGAGAUUCUCCGCAGCAAAAGCCGCCUCAAAACGGUCGUCAGCAGGUUCCUGAUUUUGCAUACUCUCCGAAUCCACACAAUGGCGGUUCUGGUUCCGAAAAGAAUAAUUCGGAACCUGAAAGGAAACCGAAGCCGAUCCCUCCUCGAAAAGAUCCUCCAUCAAGACCUACUCACUUGACUCCUCCACAAAAUGUACAGAGACAAAGAGAACAAAAGGAAACCAAUUUUGACGCCGAAAGGCUAGCUUCGGCAAGAAAAAGGCUUCAAGAAAGCUACAAAGAAGCUGAAAAUGCCAAAAAGCAAAGAACGGUACAGGUUAUGGACAUUCAUGAGCUACCGAAACCCAAGAAUGCCUUCUUCGGGAGGAACAAGGGAGGCGGUUCUCAAGGAAGACACUGGUGAUUUCAGUGAAUGAGUUCGGCUUAAAAGCAGCCAAUCUUAGGUUUUUUGUUCCUAAUUUUCAUUACGAGAAUUGUAAACGGUAGGAGUACUUUUCUGUAUCUUUUAUAGGUUAUUUUUCCACGUUCUUUCAUGGAGAUGUACUGAAUUGUUAUCAAUCAUUUGAAAUUCUUGAGAGCCAUGGACAUACAUAACCAUUCAAUUCGAGGAUGUUCAAUGAUUCUUCGUUCACAA